CACACAAAGACUAGGAGGAACCACUCUGACUCUCUUAGUUAGCUCUCUGCUGCGGCGCCGCUGUCUACAUCCCACUAUCGUCUGGGAGAUGGCCUCUAAAGCACAACUGACAUCCCAGUAGGACGGACGGGGGCACAAAGAGAAAACCGGACUGUGUGUGUGUGUGUGUGUGUGAAUGAGUGAGUGUGUGAGUGUGUGAGUGUGUGUGUGUGUGUGUGUGUGCUGCAGUUGUCAUGCCCCUCCAGUCAUAAGUCAUUUUCAUGUUGGUAAAUGACAGAAUAAAGAAACUGGGAGGCAACAUGAAGCUAUAAAGCGCCUGCCGGGAGAAGCUCAAGGACCACCUGCCCACCGCUUUGCCCCGGCGGCCCCGAGUUGACCCCAGCUGACCCCAGCCGACCCCAGCCGACCCCAUCUGACCCCGAGCCGACCCGAGCUGACCCCACACCCGACUGCCAACAUGCUGCAGCAGAUUCUGAAGGACAUGUACAUCGAGCCGGACGUGCUGGAGGCGCUCAACGAGGAUCAGAAGAAGACCCUGUUCCUGAAGAUGCGGCAGGAGCAGGUUCGGCGCUGGAAAGAGCGGGAGGAGAAGCUGGACAGGGAAGGAGGGGAGCACGACUUCAGACGGCCGAAGAAAGCAAACAGUAAGAACGUGAGCUGGCUACUGGGCCGGGACGGAGAUGUGGCGGUCAUCGUGAUCGGGGAGGUGGAUGAGCUGACCUCCAGAUUCAUCUGCACGGGAUUCGGAGAGAAGAAGUCGCAGAGUCUUCAGAGCAGCACAUACCAUGAAAGUAUCAUGAAGAAGAGCAAAAAACCCACAGAAGACGUCAGAACCGAGAGAGAGAACCUCCCUCCCAAAACCCAACCUGGGAUCUCCUUGAACAUGAAGACCGAUUCCAAGUCGGGCGGCGCCGCCGAGAAGUCGGUCCCCCAUCCCUCCGUCUGCUCCCGGCCCCCCAUGAGAGUGAGCCCCAUCAACGUGAGACCGGCCUCCUCCAGCGCCACCGUGGGCUGCGUCAGCUCCAGGCCCGGUCCCACCAACCCAAGGCUGGACGCCACGGCGCCGUCCGCUUCCACCAGCGGCGCCGACUCGGGCUCAGCGCCGCAGAGCAAAGGCGGCCCGUGUGCCAGGGAACCCCAGACGCCCAGAGAAACGCAGGGGGGCAAAGACGUUGCAGCGCCAGGACUUCGGAGGGCGGCCUCGGAGGACGCCGGCACAUCGGGGACGGCACCCGUCUCCGCAGGGCGUGGCCGGGUGGCUCAGCUGAUGAAAACCUUCAGUGUUGAUUCCCCAACGCAGACCCCUCCUCGGGGAGUCAAGCCCCCCCUCCCCACCAAACCCUGUCACCUGCGUCUAACAACCACACCCACCGUCAGGUAAUCCCUGAAAACAGACGGACACUCACCCACCCAAGUGUUUAAGUGCUUUAAAAGUCACAAUGGACGAUGUCAGACGCCUCAGCUGGAGGAGCGGUUCUGAGGAGGUGGAGAACCAGAGAGGACCGUUCACACGUCUGCUGCCACCACCAAACCUGCUUCAUGGAAAUGCUUGAAGGUUUCUCUCAUGUUUGGUUGCUGCCGUGCUGUAAACACGCUUCAUGGGAAAGAAAUUCCAAAUUAUUUGUAUGUAUUUAAAUAUUAUGUUGGGUUUUUUUUUUUUAUUUGGGGGGUGUUUUCUGAAAACCCCUUCCUCCUUUUGCAAGGAAAUCGACAACCAAAUUCCUGUUUAUUCAUUAGACUCGUGAUAACGAUAAACACCUUGUUAUGUGUUUCCACAGUUUUGCAUUUAAUUCCUGAAACCUGCACACGUCAGCUCACCUGCUGAGAUAUUCUAGCCAAUAAGGAGACAGUUACAUUGGUUUUUGCACGUACUUAUAAUCCUCUUGAUUUCUGAACUGUUGAACAAAGAAGGGGUGCGGGCGGGCGGGCGGGGUGGGGGUGACUGGUCCUCCCUGAUCUUGUCGUCCUAUUGUUCCGUUGUUUUAUGGUCUGAUGUCUGACUGCAACCUGUUGGGGACCAACGACGGUGCCAAAAGCAAACCCGUCCCUCCCAGGGGAUCAAAUCCUGGCAAGUUAGACGGUUGCUGCCAAAUAAUCCAACUACGUGUUACAGUUUUCUCUUCUUUUUAUCAGUCUGAGAUUUGAGAUGUGUGCUUGGAUGUUUGGAUGUUAUUGUUUUUUUCUGUUUUUUUUUGCUUUUAUAUGUGGAGUCACUUUUUUUUCUUUGUUUUUUUAUGGGAAAUGUAAGCACAAUCCUCUUUUAAGUUUGAUGUCAAGAUGGACCAGGGCAGUCGAGGAAACAAUAAAACUGCCUUACUUGUG